GUUAACUUCUGUUUUGCAAAGCUGAAACGCCCACAGCGAUUAAGAAGAGGACGCUUGGGUGGGAGCGGGGGGAGAACAUCUGUGGAAAUGACACAACACACCUAAGCUCACCAGUUGCCUGCAGCACCCUGCUGUGACCACAACCCUCAACCCAGCCCCGCCCCUGCCCCCGCCCCUCACACAUCCGCCCCUCCCGCGCGCCAGCCAUGCCUCUGUUCUUUCCGUUGGGCUCGGCCACGGCGCUGGAGCCGGGCGUCAAGUCAACGCUGCUGUUCCUCUGGCACCUGGCCUGGAAGUGCCGCAUGCGGCUGCCCGUGCUGCUCACCGUCACGCUGCUCGUUAUGGACGCCAGGAUGCGUAUUGAGAUCAACAUGGACGUGGACGAGGUGGAGGACGGUCCCCUGGUGGACGACCUCUCCGAGGAGGAGGAGGAAGAGGAGGACCUGACCCUCGGCGACGACGAGGAGGACGAGGAGGAGGACUCGGACGAGGCCCUGUGGCCGCUCGAGUCGGACGAGGAGCUGCGGUGACCUGUCCGGCCGGCGGCCGCGCCCCUCCGCCGCCCCGUCCGUUCAGCGUGGGUCCGCGGGACCGCGGGACCCCGUGCCACGCUGACGGCGGCGAGGGCCGCGUCGGGAUGCUGAGGCCGGGACGCGAGCGGCGGCGGUGAUGAUCUGACGUCAUGCGGUCGUGAUCUGACGUCACGCGGUGAUAAUCGGACGUGAUUGGGUGAUAGGCGGGCGUGAGCGGUCACUGCGCCUUCGCCCCUGGCGGGACAUCCUCCGCCGCCGUGAAGGUCUGACGCAGGGUGGCCCGCGGCGGCUGCCCGGCGACGACGUGAGCCGUGCUGCCGUUUAACGAUCGACGCUGUUCUCAACCGUGUUCUUGUUUGAUUCGUUUGAACUUAAUGAGCGUGACGCCACGUCUGCAAUACA